AUGUCAACAGCCCUCACCCGCCUCUCAAACCUCGCCUCCCAACUCAUCCCUUCUUCCUCUUCCUCUUCCUCCUCCUCCUCAAUACCAAAGCGCAAAGUCGACCAUUCCCACGACUACGCCCACACCCACCACAUCCAUCAACUCACCCCGACCGUCUUCCUCCCCCGCGCCGCGGCGAUCGAACCCAAUGCUCCAGCCAUCUACCAUAAAACCGCCAACGGGACCAUAGUCCGCAGAAGCUAUGCCGAGACAGCUAGACGGUCUGCUGGUCUGGCAUACUUCGUGCGUGAGAAAGGAUGGAAGAGGGUGGGGAUUCUGUGUACCAACACUCCCGCCUUUCUCGAAGCGAUCUUCGGGAUCGCUGGAGCAGGUGCAGUAAAUGUGGCUAUCAAUUACAGGUUGAAAGCCGAGGAUAUCUGUUGGAUCUUCGAGCACGCAGAUGUGGACAGUAUACUCGUGGACUUUGAAUUCGAGCACCUGCUCAAAGGCUUCAGGGAGAAGUUCCCGCAUGUUCCGAUCUUGGUGGACAGCGAUAGUGAGAUAGAGGAAGGACAGUAUGAGGAUGCUGUGAGGGAGGGGUUGGAAUAUGAUGCGGCGCAUGGUGGGCUAGGAUGGGAUGGAUUGGAGACGACGGUCCAGGAUGAAGAUUCUUUGAUCGCGUUGGCGUAUACGUCUGGUACGACGGCAAAUCCGAAGGGGGUGGAGUACACGCCUCGAUCGUGCUAUCUGGCCGCGAUCGCGAAUGUGAUUGAGAGUGGGUUGAAUUCGCAUAUCUCCACGGCAGAUCGGUGUCAUUAUCUUUGGACGCUGCCCAUGUUUCAUGCCAUGGGUUGGACGUUUCCGUGGGCCGUGACGGCGGUGAGGGGGACGCAUUACACGAUUCGUAAGAUCGAGUAUCCAGAGAUCUGGCGGUUGUUGAAGGACGAGGCUAUCAGCCACUUCAACGCGGCCCCGACAGUCAAUACUCUGCUAUGUGCAGACAAGAAUGCAGAGAAGUUGUCAGAGCCAGUCAGAGUGACAGUCGCUGCGAGCCCGCCAACGGCACAUCUCUUCGAGACGAUGGAGAACCUGAAUCUCCGCCCUGUGCAUGUGUACGGCCUGACUGAGACCUACGGUCCAAUAACCAAAGGCUAUCACAUGCCCGAAUGGCGUGAUCUUGAGACGAAGGAGAAGUACGCCAGGAUGGCUCGUCAAGGGCAUGGCCAUGUGACUUCGCUCCCAGCUCGCGUGAUCAAAACCAAGCAGGACGAUACCGGGAAGUGGGAGUCUGAUGGAGUGGUGGAUGUGGCCAAGGACGGCAAAGAAAUUGGUGAAAUUGUGUUCGUGGGUAAUAUCUGCGCCAGAGGAUAUUAUAAAGAUGCUGAAGCGACACGGAAGCUUUUCGCGGGUGGUGUGUCUCAUACAGGUGAUCUCGCAGUCUGGCAUCCAGAUGGUUCGAUCAAGAUUCUCGAUAGAGCAAAGGAUAUCAUCAUAUCUGGCGGAGAGAACAUCUCAUCCUUGGCUCUCGAGUCUAUGCUCGUGACACACCCGGAUAUCCUGGAGGCGGCUUGCGUAGGAGUGGCGGAUGAGAGAUGGGGGGAAGCGCCGAAAGCAUUUGUGACUCUGAAAGAAAGUAGGAAAGGGCAGGUGAAGGGCGAGGAAAUCAUUCAGUGGGCUAAGAAUACAAGUGGGAUUAGUCGAUUCAUGGUGCCGAAAGAGGUUGAGGUGCUGGAUGAACUGCCCAAGACUAGUACAGGUAAAUUGAGGAAGAACAUCUUGAGAGAGUGGGCGAGAGGUAGUGCUAGGGAGGAGAGUUGA